GUUUGUUAAAUCAAGAUUCAUCAGUAGUUUUUUCAGAUAAUUCAAUUGAUGUUAACACAUCAGAUAGUAGUGAUUAUUAUGAAACUGAACAUAUUCUUGGCAAUCAACAUUUAUCAGCUUGUUUACCUUUAAUAGCACCAAAAGAAACUACUGGUAGUCUUGCAGUUCAAGAUGAAUUCAAUAAAAUAGACUAUCAGAAUUUUUUAUUAAUGUUUAAAGAUGUGGAAGAAUUGGCUGAAAUAGGUUCAGAAUCCUUUCUGAGCGUUUUUCUUAAUCUUAAAAAUACAAACACAAACCUUUCGAAAGAAAUAUUAGAUUUAUUAGUUGAGUAUUACUGCAAUGCUUAUGAUAGAGAUUUUGCAGCGCUAUCAGAUAUCCAUGUCACUUCACCUAAUGUUAUAUGGUACUUCUGA